UCGAGGAGACACCGCCGAGCAAAUCCUGGCCGCUCUGGGAGCGACGCACGAGGAGGAGCUACUGCACGAGUUCGGCCUCAUGGGACGCGUCCUGGAGCCGCUGUCCCCGCUCCACGUGGGCCUGGCCAGCAAAAUGUACCUGUCCACCUCCCUGGAACUGGCCGACUCCUUCAAGGAAGCCAUACACCAAGAGUUUGGCGGGCAGGUGGGCAUCGUGAACUUCCAGGGCGACCCGGCGCUGGCCGUGAAGGAGAUCAACGCUUGGCUAUUUCGGGUGACGGGCCACAAGAUGAGCGGCCUGGCGAGUGUCGAAGACGUCAGCCUCUCCACCCGGGUCCUCAUGGUGGGUACGUCGUUCAUGCGCUGUCUCUGGCUCGACAAGUUUCCGAGCUGUACACGGCGCCCAUGCCUUCUUCGCCGACGGCGGCAAGAUCAACGUGCCGACCAUGUGUUCGCGUCGCAUCUGCAACUACUGCCACGUCGAGCGGUUGGCGUGCCACGUCCUGGAGCUUCCCUGCAUGAUGGAGGACCUGCAGCUGCUCAUCCUGCUGCCAGACGUGCAGUCGGACCUGUCCUACAUCGAGGCCAACAUAACGCCUCAAGACGUGCAGGAGUUCGAACGCCGGUACACGCGCAACCCGCUCGACAUCACGCUGCCGAAGUUCGUGCUCGACGAGCACGUCAGCAUGGCGCGCUACCUGGCGGCCGUCGGAGUACGAGACCUGUUCAACAAGGAGGAGGCCGACCUCACUGGCAUAUCAGGCGGUUUUGCCUGCCCUGCGCCAAGCGACGACAACAUACGGCAGCCCGAGCCCCAAAAGUGGUCCGCACCUAAUAUCGUCACCAAGGCGCUCGAAGAACAAGCGGCAGAAACUUCUCUGCGGCCCCAGCGCGCGCUUAUCAGUCUACAGCUGGCUAUGCCUGCGUUUCGCUAAGCGACGACUACAGCACGCAAUAACGGCAUACGACAGAUCGGCCCGCUAAAGUGCUCCUCAGCUAACGAGAGGGAAAGAAAGACGGAACAAUGAUCCGCAGUUCGUACACUUCCCGCUUGGGAGUAUAAUGUUUUUUUUUUUUGAAGUACAUUUUGAGGAACCUCAUUAUGCGUGCAUUUCUCAACACACGCGUCUAGCUUAUAGCCAUUGAAAAUUUUGUGUUAAUAAUUUUGAACAGUUUUCUUGCAUAUAAAUAAAAAUGUGCAUUAAUUUAAAAAAAAUGUGCUUUUCUGGCCAAAGUGGUGAACCUAUUGCUUUUGAAAAUGUCCUAUGAUUCGACUUUUAAAGUCUUGACCCAUUCAAUAAAACGGAUGGCAAAUUAACCAGGGUGGUACUCAGGCUGAUGAUGAUGAAGA